CCGAUAACCCCUUGCCUGCACCCCGGGGUACAGAGCAUCACCUUACCCCAUACCCACACACCCCAGGUACCUGUACCCACCUGGCCAGUCACUAUCCGAGCACACCUUGGGUAACCCCACAUUAGCAGUCCGAGCUGGCCGUCCAUGCAUUGUAUUAUUAAUUCUGCCCAUUCUUUAUUAUUAUUCCCCUCUUCUCACCUGGCCAGCGGUAGAUGCAGCUGUCCCUCCAUUCGUUCCCUCUCCAUUCUCUCUCUGGACAUGUUAUGCCCGGGGCAGAUGUGAGAGCAGUGCCCAUACAGGGGUAGGUAGGUCUGACCCCCGCCAUGGGACACAGCUAGUCAUUCCUCCCUCCGGGCAGCACUCUCAGCAUCCCCGGGGCAGGCUCGGGAACCAAGAUCAUAGCCUGCCCACCUACCUGCUGUCCAGCCCCAUCCGUGGAAGGUGUAGGAGGGUGGCUGGACCCCCCACUUUGCUCCUAUUCCCCCCUGGACUGUGCUAUGACCGGAAAGCUGUUGGAUAAACUCCCAGUAAACAUGACCUCGCUUCUUCCAGACCCCCUCUACCCCGAGGAGGGGCAGGACCUACCUGGACCCUUGUCCAUUUAUUCCACCGGGGGCAACGAUCAGCACUUCUCCGCUAUGUCUACAGAUAAUGUUAUGGAUUUAGGCUUGCCUAACGAGAAAAAUUCACAGGACAUUUCCUAUACAGGCACCUUUCAGCCAGGCAACAAGACAGUAACCUAUCUGGGCAAAUUCUCCUUUGACUCACCUUCUAACUGGUGCCAGGAGAACAUCAUCAGCCUAAUGAGCGCUGGCAUCCUUGGUGUGCCAACAUCUCAAGCACCCAGUGGAGGAGGGGGAAAUGGUAGUGGUGGAGGUGGUGGUAUCAUGGGACAGUCUCAGAGUGAAGUAGAAUCUAUGUUUCAUGGCUUACCACCCUAUGCCAGUUGUGGAGACCUGUACCAUGAUCAGGUUGGCUUCCAAGGAGGAGGUAUGGCCCCCUACACUUCCCAAGACUACCAAUCUGCCAAGCAGGGUCUGGACUCUAGUGUCUUUCCAAUGAUACCAGACUACAAUCUUUUCCAUCAUAAUACAGAGAUGCCCACCGUGGACCAGAAGCCUUUUCAAAAUAUGGAGGCCAUGCGGGUUAAUCCACCACCUAUAACCCCAUUGGAGACCAUCAAAGCAUUUAAAGAGAAGCAGGUCUUACCAAGCUUUGGAGGAAUGAGCCACCAGGCUCCCCUCCCACUCAAACCAAUAAGGCCUAGAAAAUACCCGAACCGCCCUAGCAAGACCCCUCUACAUGAGCGACCCCAUGCAUGCCCUGCUGAGGGCUGUGACCGACGUUUCUCACGUUCCGAUGAGCUGACACGACAUCUGCGCAUCCACACAGGGCACAAACCCUUCCAAUGCCGUAUUUGUAUGAGGAGCUUCAGCCGUUCUGACCACCUUACUACCCAUAUCCGCACCCACACAGGAGAGAAGCCCUUUGCCUGUGACUUCUGUGGACGUAAGUUUGCACGAAGUGACGAAAGGAAGCGGCAUGCCAAGAUUCACCUUAAACAGAAGGACAAGAAGGGAGGGGAUAAAGCAGCUUGCUCUCCUUCAGUGGCUGGGACUCCUGCAGUUACCUCUUGCGCAUGAAGACCCUAGUUUUUUUUUUUUUUAAAGAAAUGGAGGACUCUGUGAAAUGCUGCUCUGCAUGUCAUCACUGUUUGCACCUAUUUCCUGCCAGAUAUUUCCAGAUUUUGUGGCUUUUCUGGUAGUUCUGUAAUGCAUUACUUUCAUAAUUUCUUCCCUAAGAGUAAUCUGCAGAGCAUCUCUGGGUUCAUCAACUAGUAAAUGUAAACUAGUAAUUGAUCCAUAUGCUUGUUAACUGUACUUACUGAGCAUUACUAAAAUGUGCACAUAUCAAGACGUUGUACCAACUGGCCACUGCUUCACCCUCCAUGUCUUUUUCCAACCUGAGAAGAAUGUCACCACCUUGUUCUCCUGAAGCUUCACUUGCUGAAGCUAUCAUAUCUUGAGCAACUCUGGUUUCCUACCUCCGCAGCAUACCGUUUAGCCUGCAGAGCCUCACUCCAUGUGUCUGCCUACUCUAAACAUUUAGCAGAGACCUGGAGUGUCAAGAGUUUAACAAUGUAAUGAUAACUGAAUAUGGAAAGUCCUGGGGUCCAUAUAUUGCUGCUUGGUUAACAUAAUCUGCUGCUGUUUCCAAACAUUACAACCCAGUGUGCCUGCUGACCCUUUCUUCUCUUCCAAAAUAUCUUCCUACCUUUUCUUUCUUCUUUAAUCUCACCUAGAUUCAUUCUGAUAUUUACCUCUAUGUUCAAACCAGCGGUUCUAUCUAUCAUUCUGUCAAAAUGGCUUCUUCUAUCAUUGUGAAUUCACGUCGUCCGUUAUUAUCGUUUCUCCUCAAAAAGUCCCCAUUAUUUUGGCACAAUCACUUGCACCAUAGCUCUGCUUCAAUCUCUCGUUAUUAUGUCUUCAUUGUUCAUUCUAUCACUAGUUUCCACCAUUCUGCCCAUAAUGUUCUGUCUAUAAUUUAUACAUUCUUGCUCUCUUUUGCUACCUUCAUUUCUCACUUUUUCCUUCUCUCAUAUGUUUUUUUUUCUUUCUCCUCAUCAAUCCCUUACUGUUGCCUCUACAUUUCCCCCUCCUUCUUCUCUCUCUCUCUGGUUCAUGCACCCCCCUGCUUUUCUUUUCAACGUCUGUCACACAAUUUUAUUAGAGAAAAAAAAACAGCUACAGCU